AUCUUUCUUGUCUUAUCAAGGUUCCAUUGAUACUGCUUUAUAUUCUUUGGAAUUCGUGUCUAACAUUAGUCUUCAGUGUUGAUCAGAGUACGUCAAAAUGAAGUGGUUCCUUUCGUUCGCUGUCCUCCUUCUGUCUGUUUGCUGUGUGUUCAGCUUGAAGAUCGACUUACAACACGCAAGUACCCCCCACCAGGACUGUGCGCAUCACCAUCAUCAUUUUCCACAAGAAAAACUGGACAAACUCAACAAGGGAGAACCUGUAGAUCCUAAGGACGAAGAAAUUGCCUCACACUUGGUCUGUAUUCUGAAGGAACGUAAAUACCUAUCGGAAGAUGGAACGAUCAACAAAGACCUCGGCAAGGCCAGAAUCACUAAAGUUUUGGGCGAAGGAUCUGAAGAUAUCGACAAGGUGAUGAACUGUUUGGUGCAGCAUACUGACCAGAAAGAAACCGCAGUUACCUUCUAUAACUGCGUAGCACCUCUGAUCAAGAAGCACAAUUCUCAGUAAAAAUCAGCCGUUAACUCGAAAAAUCAAUAAUAUUAAAAAAUUUGAUAUA